AUGUCAGCCGGUCAAUCACAGAAGCUUCAAAGGCUGGAGAAUGCCUUGGUGCAAAUCACCACAAAGAAUGAACCAACAGACGUAGAUUUUACAAUUCACGUUACCGAAGAUGGAUCACAAGUUUCCACGCAAGAACGUGUGAUCAAAGAUGUUCAAGCUCCCGCUUUCUUAAAGCCAACAGAAGAACAAUUUUGGUCAAGACAAGAUCCAACAAAGCCUGAUAUCGCAUUUUUGAAGAAUCACUUUUAUCGCGAAGGUCGUUUAACCGACGAACAAGCUUUACAUAUCAUUCGAACGGCUACGGAAAUUUUGCGUAAUGAACCAAAUCUACUCGAAGUGGACGCGCCAAUCACUGUUUGUGGUGAUAUCCAUGGUCAAUACUUCGAUUUGAUGAAAUUGUUUGAAGUCGGAGGCAACCCAGCAGAGACCAGAUAUUUAUUCUUGGGUGAUUAUGUCGAUCGUGGAUACUUUUCCAUAGAAUGUGUUCUAUACCUUUGGGCGCUCAAGAUUUGGUACCCCGAUACCCUUUUCCUGCUUCGUGGAAAUCACGAAUGUCGUCACUUGACAGAUUAUUUCACAUUCAAAUUGGAGUGCAAGCACAAAUACUCUGAACAAAUUUAUGAAGAAUGCAUGGAAUCGUUCUGUACGCUCCCUCUUGGUGCAAUUAUGAACAAGCAAUUCUUGUGCAUUCAUGGAGGUCUAUCACCCGAAUUGCAAACAUUGGACGAUCUCAGAAACAUCAACAGAUUCCGCGAGCCACCAACGCACGGACUUAUGUGUGAUCUUUUGUGGGCAGAUCCAUUGGAAGAUUUCGGUGCAGAAAAGACAAACGAGAGCUUUAUCCACAAUCACGUUCGAGGUUGUUCAUACUUUUUCACAUAUCAAGCAGCUUGUCAAUUCCUCGAGAGAAAUAAUCUGUUGUCCAUUAUUCGAGCACACGAAGCACAAGAUGCAGGCUAUCGUAUGUAUCGCAAGACCAAAACAACAGGUUUUCCUUCCGUCAUGACCAUCUUCUCAGCCCCGAACUACUUGGACGUAUACAACAACAAGGCUGCCGUUCUCAAAUACGAAAACAAUGUGAUGAACAUUCGUCAAUUCAACUGCACACCGCAUCCCUAUUGGUUGCCCAACUUUAUGGACGUCUUCACGUGGAGUUUGCCUUUUGUUGGUGAAAAGAUUACCGAUAUGCUGAUAGCAAUUUUGAACAUUUGCUCAAAGGAAGAGCUGGAAGAAGAAGAUGAUGACGAUGAUGUCAUGAACGAGCCAAUGGAAAGCGGAGAAGAUGAAGAUGGAGAAGCAGCAGAGAGAAGAGUAGUGAUCAAGAACAAGAUCUUGGCUGUGGGAAGAAUGUCGCGUGUGUUCGCAUUGUUGCGUGAAGAGGCAGAACGUGUAUCCGAAUUGAAAUCGGCCAACGGAACAGGCAAGCUUCCAUAUGGACAAUUGGCAAGCGGAAGCGAAGGUAUCAAAGAUGCCAUUCACGGUUUCGAUGAAGCACGCAAGUCCGAUAUCGAAAACGAACGUUUGCCACCAGAUCUUAUCGAUGCUGAUGAUCCAGCUGCUGCUGCUGAAUAUUUCCGCUUUACCGGUUGGGGAACAACGCCCGAAUCAACGCCAGCAAGUCCAUCUAUCGGUGGUGCACCAAGCAGUCCGAUUUCAGGAUCGGGAUCUGGCAGUCAUCGUCGUGGACAUUCACGUACUAGCUCUUUGGGUACAACUGCAACCAGUAGUCCUAGUAAUAGAAGAAGAAGUUUGGAGAGUACUGUCAGUAUGAUUAAGGAGGCUUUGAGCGGAGAAGAAACGGGAGAAGAUAGCCAAUUAUCAAAAAUGAGUGAUGAUAUCACUUCACCAAAGCGUGGUUCGCAAGAAUAUGGAGGUGCUCAAUGA